AUGCAUCCCCACAAAGACAACGACCUCCCCGACAUCCAUCGCUACAUAACAACCCACAGCACAGAAGGCGAAGCAGUAUUCCUCUCACACGCCCAAGUCCCCGACUACAUGCCCUCCCAACCCGCAGGCAGUGACGGUGAGAUAGCCCUUCUCUACGCAACAGACACCGUGCCCGCCUCACUAGAAGACGAAGCCGACAUCGCCAUGUACGACGAAUACCUCCACCAACCGCCAGGCCUGACAACGGACACAGGCACCGUUUUCCGCAUGAUAGAUCUGAAGCCCGGGAAGAAAACCCCCAUGCAUCGGACUGUUAGCUUGGACUAUGGAGUCGUGUUGGAGGGUGAUGUGGAUCUGGUGCUUGAUUCCGGGGCCAGUCGGCAUUUACAUCGUGGGGAUGUGUGUAUACAGCGGGGAACGGCACAUGCGUUUAAAAAUCGGAGUGGGAAGGAGUGGUGUCGGUUGUUAUUUGUGUUUUUGCCCAUGAACAAGUUGAGCUAUAAGGGGCGGGAGCUGGGUGAGGAAGUUUACGAUGCUCAGUAUGCGGAUGAGAGUGAGUAG